AUGUCUCUUCUUAUUACUGGGACUUCUAAGCGAUACGGCUAUUCUGCAGGUUGGGACAUGUGUGAAGCGAUCAGUAGCCUGGCUAUAUCGGGAUCCAAGAUAAACCUCAUAACCCGCCUAUGCUCAAAUCUUAAAUCGUGCUUUGACAACUUGGCGUUACAAGAUUGUAAAUAUUCUGAAAGACUUUUGUCACUGAGACCCGGUAUAGCUCGUAACAAGAAUGGUAUGGAGGAUGGGUGUGAUCAAGGAUUCCAAUUCCAUGCACCAAUUAUGAAUUACCCUGAUGUUUACGGCUGCCGGGUUUUUGAGACUUCAAAGAAUAAGUUUCCAAAGAGAGCUAUCUGGUCAUUUGGAAACGAUGAUCAUACAAUAGUAUAUUUAGAUUAUGACCUAGUAUGA